GCGGAACCACAACAGGAAGACGGAGCUCACGUUGCCGGUGAUGGCUCAGCAGGCGACGGCGGGGCGGCGCUACCUGCGGGCCUUCGUCAGCGGCUUCUUCGUCGCCGUCCCCGUCACGGUCACCGUACUGGAUCGAUUCGCCUACGUGGCACGAGUGGAGGGAGCGUCGAUGCAGCCGUUCCUGAACCCUGAGGGGGGGUCGGAGUGUGACGUCGUCCUCCUGAACCGUUGGAGUGUGAGGAACUACCAGGUCCAACGAGGCGACAUUGUCUCCGUCCUGUCCCCCAGGAAUCCCCAGCAGAAGAUCAUCAAGCGGGUCAUUGGCCUGGAGGGAGACUUCAUCAGGACUCUGGGCUACAAGAACCGAUAUGUUCGAAUUCCUGACGGUCACUUCUGGAUCGAGGGGGAUCAUCACGGACACAGUCUGGACAGCAACAGCUUCGGACCGGUGUCAGUGGGGCUGCUUCACGGUCGGGCCUCCCACAUCAUCUGGCCACCAAGUCGUUGGCAGCAAAUCAAACCGUCCCUCCCCCCAAACCGAGGACCGCUGGACACAGAGGAAGAGGAGGGAUGAAGACACACACACACACACACACACACACACACACACACACAGAUUUUAUACCUAUGGUUGUGUCAUCUGUCAUCUAACGAGGUAUCUGUUAGCUGAAGGGUUUAGAGCUGUUUCUGGCCUCUGUACCACAAAUGUCUGAAACCCCACAGAUUUUCCUCAUUGAGGAUUUCUUUCAUGAGUCUUUGUGAAAAAGUGAACAAAAUUUAUUGUUCAAAUUCUAAAAUAAAUGAGGAUUUAUUACA